AUGUCGAUUAGAUUUUAUGGUGAGAAAUGCAGUCUACCUUGCCCACACGGGUUCUACGGCAGGCAGUGCAGACAGCGGUGUGAAUGUAUCCAUGGCGAGGCCUGCCACGGAGUCACCGGCACUUGUUACUGCUCUACCGGCUAUCGGGGCCAACAUUGUGAAGAAACCUGCCCGCGCGGCACAUUCGGACCUCAGUGCAGUCUGGAGUGUCCCGUUUGUGUCGGCAGAACUUCAGGAACAGAAAGCACCAACGAAGCUUUACGGUUGCCAUUCCCUGGUUCAUCUCAUACAUCCGAUCCUGAACCAUUUCAGUUCAACCCGAACACAAACUCAAUGGUUGCCAAGAUGUGGCGUCGAACUAUUGCAGCCCCCGACCGAACUUGCCAUCCUCAAACGGGUCAGUGUCCAUGUGCACCGGGGACCCAUGGCAAAGAUUGCGGACAGAAAUGUCCAACAGGUCGUUUCGGGCCAAAAUGUUCGCAGAUUUGCAAUUGCCUAAAUGGCGCAGAGUGCUCACCCGUCAACGGUGCGUGUCAAUGCCGUCCGGGAUAUUACGGUCCUCUGUGCCAAUUCACCUGCCCACCUGGUCACUACGGGGCAGGAUGUAUGCAAGUGUGCGAGUGUUACAACGCACAGCCGACGGAAUGUGACCCUUUCACCGGGACAUGCCACUGCAAGCCAGGAUAUAUGGGGGACCGGUGCGAGAAAAUCUGCCCUCGGGGCUACUACGGCGAAAUGUGCGCAAAAACUUGUGUGGGAUGUGAUUCCUGUCACUUCGAAACUGGCCAAUGCCACUGCGAACUGGGACGACGUGGCGAGCAUUGUCAUGAAAAUUGUCCAGCUGGUACCUUCGGUGCACAAUGUUCGGAGUCUUGCAGGUGUGAAAAUGGAGCUCACUGCAACCCCAACACCGGUCAGUGUCAAUGCCCCAUUGGAUUUUAUGGGCCCACUUGUGCCCUGAGAGAUGAAAUGGGCAGACGACGCUGA